CGCAGUGUGGCGCCUGCUUCGUUAGACUGAUACAUGCUAACGGAGCCCCUUUGUUGUGAUUAACCGUUCAACGGCUGUGUUUCUGCUGUAAUCACUUAUACUGACAAAGUUGCUGUUGUGAUAAUUUAAAGGAUGAGUGGCGGAGUGUAUGGAGGCGAUGAGGUGGGAGCUUUGGUGUUCGACAUCGGCUCUUAUUCUGUAAGAGCUGGCUAUGCGGGAGAAGACUGUCCCAAGGCGGACUUCCCCACGGUGAUAGGUGUGACCCUUGACCGAGAGGAUGGCAGCACACCCAUGGAGACGGAUGGUGACAAGGGCAAGCAGAGUGGCACCACCUACUACAUCGAUACCAACCAGCUGAGGGUACCCAGAGAAAGCAUGGAGGUCAUGUCUCCGCUCAAGAAUGGCAUGAUUGAAGACUGGGACAGUUUCCAGGCCAUUUUGGAUCACACCUACAAGAUGCACUUCAAGUCUGAGCCCAGUCUGCACCCAGUGCUCAUGUCAGAAGCAUCAUGGAACACAAGAGCGAAACGGGAGAAACUAACAGAGCUGAUGUUUGAGCAUUACAACAUUCCUGCCUUCUUCCUCUGCAAAUCAGCUGUGCUCUCCGCCUUUGCAAAUGGACGAUCUACAGGCUUGGUCCUGGACAGUGGAGCCACACACACCACAGCCAUUCCAGUACACGAUGGAUACGUCCUGCAGCAAGGCAUCGUCAAGUCGCCCCUUGCCGGAGACUUCAUGAGCAUGCAGUGUAGGGAGCUGUUCCAAGAGUUAAAUGUCGAAAUAAUCCCUCCUUAUAUGAUUGCGUCAAAGGAUGGAGUGCGGGAGGGUGCCCAAGCCAGCUGGAAGAAAAAGGAGAAGCUACCUCAAGUCACCCGCUCAUGGCACAACUACAUGUGUAAUUGUGUGAUCCAGGACUUCCAGGCUUCAGUGCUGCAGGUGUCAGACUCUCCAUAUGAUGAACAGGUGGCUGCACAGAUGCCCACGGUGCACUAUGAGCUGCCCAACGGCUACAACUGUGACUUUGGGGCCGAGAGGCUGAAGAUCCCGGAGGGGUUGUUUGACCCCUCUAAUGCCAAGGGCCUGUCUGGAAACACCAUGUUAGGAGUUGGCCACGUGGUGACGACCAGCGUGGGCAUGUGUGACAUUGACAUCCGGCCGGGUUUGUAUGGCAGUGUGGUGGUGACUGGAGGAAACACACUCAUUCAAGGCUUCACUGACCGACUGAACAGAGAACUCUCCCAGAAAACUCCACCAAGCAUGAGGCUGAAGCUGAUAGCCAACAACACUACAGUGGAGCGCCGGUUCAGUGCCUGGAUAGGAGGUUCCAUCCUGGCAUCACUUGGAACCUUCCAGCAGAUGUGGAUCUCCAAGCAGGAGUACGAGGAGGGAGGAAAGCAGUGUGUGGACAGGAAGUGCCCUUGAUUUGACACCGGACUCUUCUCCCCACGCCGCCGUCUUUGCCACAAGCUCAGCAUCAUCAAUCCUUCACCUCUGACCCCAGACUCAGGAACACCUAUGGAAGAUCGCUUGUUUUGUAUGAUUUGUUUUUAAUACAGAGUUUGUCCAUAUGUCUGUCUGGGAUUUAUUGUGAAAAUCAGACAUAAGCAUCUACAAUACAAACUGUCUCACUAUGAAGAAAUGGGGUUUAAUUUCCUUUAUGUCAUAACGGUCAAUUUGUUGCCUUAUCUUUAGGUUGUUAGUGUUUAAUCGAAACCUUACACCUUCAAAAAGUCAGUAUUUAAUCAGCGUGCACUGAUGUCAAGAUUUUGAUCACACUGGGGAAAGCACACAAUGACAAAAUAUGCUGUGAAAGGUUUCUGCAGAACACUGAUAAGGUAAACGCUGUGUUUUUAGGAUGUGUAUUUGGAGGAACAACCGUAAAGUUUGGGGUGAAUAAGGUCUUUUGGUGAUAAGGCUUUUCUUUGUCCGUGUAGUAAAACUCAUCAUAGGCAGAGGCCAGUCAGUUUGUGCCUGUGCUUAUCGGUGUGAUUGUCAACUCCGAUGAAUCUGUAUUUAAUUUUCACUUUUGCUUGUCAUUGGCUACAUAUGGUCUUUUAAAAAUAAAGUCAUUUUUUUGUUAAA